AUGGCCAAAGGUUCUCUUGUGGGGAAUCUCGCCAAGGAUUUGGGGUUGGAUGUCAGAGAAUUGCAGCAGCGGAAGCUCCGUGUCAGUUCGGAAAAGCAAUAUUUCAGUGUGAAAGGGGAAAACGGCAACCUGUAUGUGAAUGGCAGGAUAGACCGGGAGGAAAUAUGCGGGGAGACACCCCUUUGUGUCCUGACAUUCGAAACGGUGGUUGAAAAUCCUUUAAAUAUUUAUCAUGUGAACAUCGAAAUACGGGACAUUAAUGAUAACGCCCCGCGGUUCAAAAGAAACAGCGUUGAUUUAGAAAUCAGUGAAUCGACACUGUCAGGCGCGCGAUUCCCAGUAGAAUCUGCACAAGAUCCAGACGUUGGAAUCAACUCGCUGCAGAGUUACCAGCUCAGUAAAACCCCCCAUUUUAUCCUAUCAGUGAAGGAGACCCCAGAUGGUAUUAAGCAUGCGGAAAUAAUUUUAGAAAAACCUUUAGAUCGAGAGCAACAAAGUUCUCAUCACUUGAUUCUGACGGCUGUGGAUGGGGGAGAUCCAUUUAGAACGGGGACAGUUACCAUUAACUUUAAAAUUUCUGACGCCAAUGACAAUCCUCCAAUAUUCACUGAAGAGAUCUACAAGGUCAGACUGAGGGAAAAUCUACCAAAAGGCUCCUUUGUUCUUCAGGUGAAAGCCAUGGAUAAGGAUGAAGGGUUGAAUGCAAAGAUCACCUACACCUUCAGCGACAUACAAGACACAGGGCGCCAAUUAUUCAGCCUAGACCCAGAGAAAGGAGACAUUACAAGUACAGAGCUUCUGGAUUUUGAAAAGAAAAAUAAAUACAUGUUGGGGAUAGAAGCCAGAGAUGGCGGUGAUCUGAUAGGUCACUGCAAAGUAGAGAUCGAAAUUAUUGACGAGAACGACAACGCCCCAGAAGUGACUGUAACAUCCAUGUCCAGUCCUAUCUCCGAAGACUCAGUGCCCAGGACAGUGAUAGCUCUGAUCAAAGUCUAUGACCGAGAUGCCGGUGAAAAUGGAGACGUCACCUGUCAUCUUCAACACAACUUGCCUUUUAAAAUAGUGUCGUCCUCUAAUAAUUAUCACAAAAUUCUCAUAGACAGCACCCUGGACAGGGAGAGAACCCCGGAGUACAAUAUCACAAUCACAGCAACAGACAAAGGCACCCCCCCUCUCUCCACCCAGAAAACCAUCCUGUUGCAGAUCUCGGAUAUCAAUGACAACGCCCCUGUCUUUCAAAAACCUUCCUACACCGCCUAUGUGCCAGAGAACAAUCCCUCGGGGGCCUCUAUUUUCAGUGUAAAAGCCUCAGACCGGGAUCUGGACCUGAACGCCCGACUCACUUACUCCAUCCUGAGCAGCAACCUCCAGGAGCUGCCGCUCUCCUCCUACAUCUCCAUUAACUCCCAGACCGGAGCUAUCUAUGCGCAGCGCUCCUUCGACUACGAGCAAUUCCGGGAGUUUGAAGUGCAAGUGAAGGCCCAAGACGGCGGGUCCCCGCCUCUCAGCAGCAAUGUCACCGUCAGAGUGUUUAUUCUGGAUCAGAAUGAUAACACCCCUCGCAUCCUGUACCCUUCCCUCGGAGCCGAUGGCUCCGCCUUGUUCGAGAUGGUCCCUCGCUCGGCCGAGGCAGGUUAUCUGGUGACUAAGGUGGUGGCGGUGGAUGCUGACUCAGGACACAAUGCCUGGCUCUCCUACCAUCUGCUCCAGGCCACGGAACCGGCGCUCUUCAGCAUGGGGCUGCAUACCGGGGAGAUCCGGACAGCCCGCGCCUUUUCGGACAGAGAUGCUAUGAAGCACAGGCUGGUCACCCUGGUGAAGGAUAACGGGCAGCCGCCUCUCUCCGCCACAAUGAUUCUCAACCUGGUGUUUGCUGAGAACUUCCAAGAGGCUCUUCCGGAAAUGAGCGACCAAUCGGGUGACUUGGCACCUCAGUCUGUUUUACAGUUCUACUUGGUGCUGGCUUUAGCCUUGAUCUCAUUUUUGUUCCUCCUGACAGUUGCACUGGCCAUUGUGAUGAAAUGUGGAAGGUCGAUGAAUCCCCCAGUUUUGCGAUGUUUCGGUUCUGAUUAUUCCAAGUCGGGUCCCGGAUUGCCCCCCAGCUACUGCGAUGGGACUUUACCGUAUAGCUAUAAUCAACGUUCAGCCGCAGACUCGGGCAUAAUGGCGUUUAGUCUCCUAAAAUCAAAUGGUCAGAAUUUCAUAGAAGAGAACAUUCUUUGCAGGGACAACUCUGGAAUGCUACCUAUGAGCAGUAAAUAUGCGCCUGGAGACCCAAAGUCCGAGGCCGACACACUGCAUGAGGUGAGAUUCUGUCGUGAUGCGCUAGUGUAUCUGCGUUUUGAAACAGUUUAA